CUCUCCUGGUUACGUCAAGUUGUCAAAUUGCAAAACAAUAGAAGUAAAUAAAAAGCAGCUGAUUUUGUGAUUGUUUGUUUUUAUACUUAAUUAUGCAUCUUUUUAAACGGUUGGAGGGUUUCAAGCUUUAUCGCAAGUGUUGCAGUACAGGAGUGCAAUAAGAUUCAUCGAAGAACAAGUGUUACUAUCAAAUCGAUUACAUAUAGUCGUGAUACGAAUCGCCUUGACUUUCCGGGUGCAAGGUGCAAGUUAUGAAUUACGUUAUACUGAAUGCAAUCCGUAAUGCACAAAUAAGAAAUGCUGCUUACCGCUUUUGCUCUAGCACUAAUGGACCCGAUGGAACGGUAAAGGACACCAGUGUACCGGAGCUUCCGCCCGAACCUACCACAUGUUGCAUGUCCGGUUGCCAGAAUUGUGUUUGGAUUCAGUACGCCGCAGAUCUGACCAAAAUACUAGAUGAUGGAGGCGAAAAGGCACGUGAAAUUGUGCUGGAGAAGAUCGCUGAUCCCAGCUUGAAAAUGUUUUUGAAAAUGGAGUUACAAAACAUACAAUCUACAAAAUCGGACCCUACGUAAGGGAUAAUCAAAAGCGCACGAUUUGUUUUACUGUUGUAGUUAUCACAAUUGUUCUUUUUCAAAGUGUACAUUCUGACAAUUUUUAUCAAAUAGAUUCAUAGAAAACCGUA